UUGUUGUUCAUGUUCCAACUUUUGCAGAGGAAGAAAGAAGCGAAUUCUUGUGUCGUUUCGCGGAGGGGUGUGAGUCUUCAGACAAAACCUCUGCUCCCUAAUUACAGAACCCGUCUUAAUCGUUUAUGUGACUCUAAAAAUUGAGUGAAUAUCAGCAUGGACAGCUUGGACCCUGGGAAGGUAAAGAAAAUUGUCUGGAAAAGAAGUAAAACUGCACCCGGUGUAGAUGAUGAGAGGGAGGAUCCUGAUAAAUGCGAAGAUGCGGAGAAGAAGAAGCGCCAUUGUGAUUCUCUGCAGCUGUCUGCAUUGCCAACGAUGUCCAGUGCGGCCCAGCCAUUUGCGUUGCCCCUGCUACCCAUUCCAAAAGUGGAAGAAUGGUGUUCAAAUACAUCUAUAGUCUUCACCGGAACAGCUUGUAGAGGACGCACCGGACCACCCGUCGGAGUUGUGGACAUUGGUGUUAGCAAAUCUGCUUAUUACUUUUGUGUUGCUCUACCUGGAGUCAAGAAAGACCCUGGUGAAUUUAGCUGCGAGAUUCAAAGGGAUGGAAAGGUCUGUGUUCGAGGCGUGACGUCUACCGGUGCGAAAACUGUCACAAAAUAUUCUCGAGUUUUCGAAAUGAAGUUCCAGCAACAAUGCCCCCCCGGACCCUUCACACUCUUCUUCAGUCUGCCGGGACCUGUUGAUCCAAGGUUGUUCUCUCCCAGUUUCAGAUCUGAUGGCAUCUUCGAAGCUGUCGUUGCCAAAUAUGAGUAGUACUUUGUGUCUUAGUGUACAAAAUCUACUCUUCAUCUUUUGUGUAAAUGUUUAGCUUAUUGAACGUUCUCAGCUGCUAGAAUCUGUCUCAUUGUGUUUAUAAGCUGGUCCCGUUCUCCCUGUGAAUGUGCUUCUUUUGUAUGGAAGGUUCACAGCUAAAAUCUGCAUUGAACAAUAUGCUUUUGUACUGCCUUGUGUGUUUUUGCAUCUUAAUGGGAAAAACGAGUUCUUCGUUGCAAAAUUUGAUAUAAUUGGCAAAUUUCCGUUACUGAUGUAGUGAAGAAUGGUGUUGAGCCAAGAAUUCAGCUGCGACGAUGAUGAAUAUGAAUAUUUCAAAAUACAGUUUCCAACAAGAAUUACACUUUUGGUCCAAAAAAAAA